AUGGGUUGUUCCGCAUCGCGGUGUUGUCGCUGCUGUCCAACACGUCAUCGAGUGCUCCCAAAUGGCGUUUUCGUGCCAAGCGCAUUCAAAAAAGUGGACAGUAAGUCGCAGCUGAAGAAUCAAAAGUUGGAAAUCAAAAACAACAAUGAUGACAAGACGAGCAAAGAGAAGGACGAAAAGGAGAAGGAGAACAAGAAUGAGCGCAAGAACAGCAGCUUUGACUACUUCAUGAAGACCAAUAUUAGUCUCGAGUGGCUGUUGGAGCAGAUUGGGGAGAAAUUUAAGGCCGAAUUUACGUCAAAACCGACCUGGAUCAUCGAACGACUAAAUCAAUAUACGGAAAAAGGUAAUACUGGAUUUUCCAGAAAAAAUGGAAAGAAUUGAAUAGCAGGGUUGAAAAUAGAAGGCUCAAGUGUUUCAAUAAUCAUUGUCAUCUUUUCCAGACAUUGAUAAAACACUGGUAAUUCGAGUGACUUUCGGCUGGGACCACGAAAAUCUCCCGAAAAGUGUGGUCCUCAAAAUUUCGAACAAACGCUUGGAUAGCGAAAGCCAAUCGGAGCGAAUGGCCGCGAAUUUAUUCAAAAAGUAAGAAAGGAAAAAGACGGAUUUCCAAAAUGUGACUGACGGACCUGAUCCAGUGGCAAAAAACGUGCCAUUUUGCAUCCGGGAAGUAUCAAAAAAUGUAGCAAAAUGCCUCUCUCUCCAACUAAAAAAAAUCCAUUUUGAAGAUGCGACUUUGAAAUCGGAGUUUUUUCACUUGGAGAGGGAGGUAUUUUGCCCCAUUUUUAAUGCUUCCCGGAUGCAAAAUGGUACGUUUUUUGCCACUGGAUCAGGUCCGUCACUGUAAGUAUUAAAAAUUUCUAAUUGCAGAGAAUGCAAGACCUACGAAUGGCUCCAAACAGUUCGCAGGGUAAAAUUGCCGAUGGUUCAUUUGAUCAGAGUGAGUUUAUUUGAUGGGAAAUAACUUCGUUCACUUGAGAGAUGGUGGAAAUUACUGAAAUUUGAAGGUUGUUGUAGUCAAAGAGGCUGAUUUCUUUUCAUCGCAUCUGAAAAAAAUGAUGACUAUUAGUUUGUAAGAUAAAUUCUUCAUAGAUUUUGAUGGAACUUGGAAUAAAUCUUAAGAAAGAGCUUUCCAAGGCGUAAUAGUUUCUUGAUAACUUUUGACUGAAAUUAAUACGAUUUGAGAGUCUAAACUUGACAAAAAUUUCGAAAUUUUCGAGCAAUUUUAAGGCUAAAAAAUUGUCAUCCUUUUUUCGAAUUUUUUAUAUAAAAAAUCACCUUUUCCUAAAAAUUCACCUUAAUUUUUUACAGUCAAGCUUCACUAUGGCCAAUGAAGAGCCUCUAAUUUUUAUGGAAGACCUUACCGAACGUUCCAAAUGCCUUGAGCUCGAAGAGUCGGUCCACAUUGAUCUAAUCAAGGAUCUUCUCAAACAACUAGCUCAAAUUCACGCCGCCUCAUUGGUCAAGAAAAGUGAAUGGGUCAAGGAAAUCGACCCAAAUCCUCCGCUCUUUUAUCAGGAGCUAGCGGAACUCGUCCAGCUCUCAACGCAAGGCUGGAACACUAUUGGGGAACUACGGUUCAAAAAAAUGCUGGAGCUGAGUUCUGGCGAAUACAUGAACAAAAUCGUGAAAAAUGCCUGCGGGCAUUUUGGUGUGGACAGUUGUUUGGUGCAUGGGAAUCCAAUUGCCCGGAAUUUCUUCGCCUCCCAUGAUGACAAACAUAUUGUGGCGAUCGUGGAUUGGGUCCGUAAGUGAGGGCUUUGAUGGGAGUUGAGUUACGUCGAGAGUUGCAGAAGCUCAUCCUGGCUGUUUUGCGGAAGAUGUGACAAAGGCGAUUUGUUGGAAUUUAUCGCCCAAAGAGAGGCAUGCCAAUCAGAGGAAGCUCCUGGAACAUUAUCAUUUUAAUUUGUUAAAGUAAGACGGUUACUUACAAUGGCUCGUCCUAAAAUAGAGGGGUUUUCGGAGACUGUGGAGAAUAUACAUUUGUGCAUAACGUACCACAAAGGACAGAAAAUUAUUCAACAUAUAGUUGAUGAUUAGACAGGGAGGGCAUGACGACUAUUCUUUCAGCCGGCAAAAAAUACUUUUAUUAUGACAAAAAAAUCCUGACCUUCUAAUAGAAUUUUACAAACAUGCUACAGUACGGGACCUGAUCCAGUGGCAAAAAACGUACCAUUUUGCAUCCAGGAAAGAUCAAAAAUGUGGCAAAAUGCUUCCCUCUCCAAGUGAAAAAAUUUCGUUUUGAAGGGCCUUUCCCCCACAAAAAGAGCGGGCGCGCUUUUGAAAUCCGAGUUUUUUCACUUAUAGAGGGAGGUAUUUUGCCACAUUUUUUGAUACUUCCUGGAUGCAAAAUGGUACGUUUUUUGCCACUAGAUCAGGCCCCCCACUGAAAAAGGCUUACCCAUCCUAUCCAUUCCAGAUACAGCGAGGGCAAGGCCAACAAGAUCACAAUUGAAGUAGUCGAGGCCGGCUUCCGUUGGUUCCUCCCAUUUGCUGCUGUUUGUUAUCUCAUCUAUCUCCCGGACGAUCUUUCUCACGCCUCAAUCAAACAAAUGGAACGUGCGCAGGCUCUACUGGACGAGGGCUUGGAAGAGAGCUUUGGAAUAGCUCCGGCGGCAUCUGUUCUUCAAGGGGAUGGCGAGGAUGGUGAGGGCAUUACAGAGGAAACAGAAAACAAUGAAAAUGUAAAAAAUGUUGACGAGUCGGCAGAGAAUGGUAGUAAACAUGUUUGAUUUUUAUAUUCGGAUUGCAGUUUCUGGGAAGAAGGUUGAAGAAGAAGAAGAGAAAAGCGUUGGUAAGGUCAUGGAAGAUGGGAAUAAUAACAUAAUAGAGGAGACAAAUGUCACACCGGACAUUGUAAAUGGUAAGAGAAGUAUUCUCUUUAUACUCGAGCUGACUAGUGCCAGCAAUUAGCCAGCCCACGUCAAUUCAAAAUAGAAGAAAAAAUGUCCCGCCCCUUUUUGGUGAUUCGUUCAAAACGAAAUGUCAUUAUCCGAUAAAAAGCAUUUUUUUUAUCUUUCUUCUUUCUUUUCGAGAAAAAGCAAUUACUUCGGGCGAGAAAAAGUGUCGACAAUUUCGUGACAUUUCGUCUCUCUUUUAAAUCAAUGAAAACGAUAUGAAGUUUCGAAACGGUUCAGGGAAUGCGCUGGAUUGACGUGCCGCCUGUUUUAUUCGAUAAAGGCUCAAGAUUCUUUUCCAAUACUAUUCUGUACUUACUGGGUUAUAAAAAAAAUUUAACCCAACCCCAACCCAAAAUAAAAUCAAAUAGAAUUGUCAAUACAGAUGUAGUUCUUUUCAGAAGAUACAUUCAUAAAAGCCGUGGCGGAAGUGGCCCAAGAGCUUGAUGCAUCGUUGACAACUCCAAACGACACUCAGGACGUUCCAGCAGACCAAGAAAUUUCGAAAGUUAUAGAAGCCACUGAUAGUCCUAUUGUCGCACAAGAAAAUACUGCAACAACAGAAGAUACAAUAUCUUGA